GGCGGCGCGGGGGCCGGCGACAGCGAGACUGUCCAGCACUUCCCGCUCGCGCGGCCCAAGUCCCUGAUGCAGAAGCUCCAGUGCUCCUUCCAGGCGGCCUGGCUCAAAGAUUUCCCCUGGCUGCGGUACUCCAAGGACACCGGCCUCAUGUCCUGCGGAUGGUGCCAGAAGACCCCCGAGGACGGCGGCGGCGGCGACCUUCCGCCGGUGGGGCACGACGAGCUGUCGCGAGGGACCCGCAACUACAAGAAAACCCUCCUCCUGAGGCACCACGUCUCUACCGAGCACAAACUCCACGAAGCCAACGCCCAGGAAUCUGAAAUACCUUCAGAAGAAGGAUACUGUGACUUUAAUAGUAGGCCAAAUGAGAACUCUUAUUGCUAUCAACUUCUUCGACAACUAAAUGAGCAGAGAAAGAAAGGUAUUCUUUGUGAUGUCAGCAUUGUGGUGAGCGGAAAAAUCUUUAAAGCUCAUAAGAAUAUCCUGGUUGCAGGCAGCCGUUUCUUUAAGACUUUAUAUUGCUUUUCAAACAAAGAAAGCCCUAACCAAAACAAUACUACCCAUUUAGAUAUUGCUGCAGUUCAAGGUUUCUCAGUCAUCUUGGACUUCCUGUACUCUGGUAACCUGGUGCUCACAAGCCAAAAUGCCAUUGAAGUGAUGACCGUGGCCAGCUAUCUGCAGAUGAGCGAAGUUGUUCAAACUUGCCGAAAUUUCAUUAAAGAUGCCUUAAAUAUAAGCAUUAAAUCCGAAGCUCCAGAGUCUGUGGUUGUGGACUAUAACAAUAGAAAGCCAGUUAAUAGAGAUGGUCUGUCUUCAUCACGGGAUCAAAAAAUUGCCAGUUUUUGGGCAACACGGAAUCUUACCAAUUUGGCAAGUAAUGUAAAAAUUGAAAAUGAUGGCUGUAAUGUCGACGAGGGCCAAAUAGAAAACUACCAAAUGAAUGACAGUAGUUGGGUCCAGGAUGGUUCACCUGAAUUGGCUGAAAAUGAAGCCCAAGGUCAGACAAAAGUGUUUAUUUGGAAUAAUAUGGGCUCCCAGGGAAUUCAAGAAACUGGCAGCAAAACAAGGAGGAAAAACCAAACUGCAAAGAGAUUUAUUUAUAAUAUACCACCUAAUAAUGAAACAAGUUUAGAAGAUUGCUCAGUGAUGCAGCCUCCUGUUGCCUACCCAGAAGAAGAUAUGUCAUUCAUUAAGGAAGAACCAGAUCUGGAUGGUGCUCUGCUCUCAGGGCCGGACUGCGAUAGGAGUGUGAACACAAACUUACUGGCAGAAGCCAGCUUGGGGCAGGAUGGAGGCGAUGCUGGUACUUCACAAGAUUUCAAGUAUGGCCUAAUGCCUGGCCCAUCAAGUGAUUUCAAGUAUGGAUUGCUACCAGGUACUUCAAAUGAUUUCAAGUAUGGAUUGCUACCAGGUGCUGCAAACGAUUUCAAGUAUGGAUUAUUGCCUGAAUCUUGGCCAAAACAAGAAACUUGGGAAAAUGGUGAAUCAUCUCUAAACAUGAACAAGUUAAAAUGCCCUCAUUGUACCUAUGUAGCCAAAUACAGACGAACACUAAAAAGGCAUUUGCUCAUUCAUACGGGAGUCCGAUCCUUUAGCUGUGAUAUUUGUGGAAAACUGUUUACUCGCAGAGAGCAUGUAAAAAGACAUUCCCUGGUGCAUAAAAAGGAUAAGAAAUACAAAUGUAUGGUGUGUAAGAAGAUCUUCAUGUUAGCUGCCAGCGUUGGGAUAAGACAUGGAUCUCGACGCUAUGGUGUUUGUGUAGACUGUGCGGAUAAAUCACAGCCAGGAGGGCAGGAAGGUGUGGAUCAGGGACAGGACACAGACUUCCCUCGGGAUGAGGAAUAUGAGGAGAACGAAGGCGGGGAAGCCGACGAAGAGCUGGCUGACGAUGGGGAAGAUCAGAACGACCCGUCGCGCUGGGAUGAGCCGGGAGAUGUUUGUAUGUCUCUGGAUGAUUAACUGGCCUACUCUGCUCCUCAAGGAUGCUGCAUUUGGACGUAAUACGAAUCGACAGUUUGAAUUGUUGAACUUGAAGGCUUGCAAAAUAUGGUACAUGCUGGAUGGUAGUUAUGUUGCUGUGAAAACUGUAGGGUCAAAGCCUUAUAGCAAAAAAAUUUUUUUUAUAUUUGCACAGGACUGUACAGCAAACAACCUUGUGGUUGGAUUACAUGGAGUCCCCACAUCUUCAGUCAGUUAUCAAAGUAAAAAUAUUUUUUAUUUAUAGGAUAUACAGUAACUGUUUGGGUCCUAUGAAAAUGGAGUACCUGUCCUUAAAGAGCUGACAUUCACGUACCAGUUUAACAUGAAUGAAGAAAAUCCAGUUACGAGAAUACAGUGACAGCUGGCCCAGUACUCUUGUCCACCAAACCACUCAGGCUAGUUUGUACUAGUAGAGUUUUGUUUCUAUUUUUAUUUUUAUUAAUUUUAUUUUUUUUAAUACAGAUUUUCAGUGAGGGGCCUUUUCAACCCCAUUGGUUGUACUUUUCUGUAUUUUCCAUUUUGAUUUGCUUCAUAAGUUAAACCAAGUCUCUUCUAGUCUUAGGUAUUAUUUCUCAAUUUUGUGCUGAUGGGCAUGUUUAUAAGAACUGGAGAGGUAAUUUAUUGGAAUGAACUAACUGACUUCCUCCAUUCCCCCUUCCUUUUGACAUGAAUUUUACUACUUCACAGAUGAAGAAUGAUGUUGCAAAGUUACCGUGGCGAAGUCGACAAAUACCACUAAAUGAUUAUGAUUCAGAGGUCACUUCCUCUUGCUGCUCUAAUCUGAUAAAUGGUUACUAUAUGACGUUUUCUGACAUGGUAUUCGGUUUUGGGUAUCUGUUACUUUGGCACUAUUCUUGUUUGCCUCUUUUUAUUUUUGCCAGUGUACUAUACCUCAGUCCUAUUUGAAGACAGAAAUCUGAUCGAAAGAAAAGUCAUAGAAACAAAAGUAAAAUGAUUUGUUUUAUGAUUGAUCCUCCAUGUCCAGUUUGGUUAGCUUGUUAUGCAAUAGAAGUGAAAUAUCAGGUUUUUACUCUUGUGCCCUUUUAUCAUUAAAAUUAACACAAAAAUUGCAUUCUCUUUUGUUUCAUACUUACUGGGAUAUUGAGUGUUUUAAAAUUAUGAUAGACAAUUAUUUUCUCAAUUCCUUAAAGUCACUACACCUUGAUAGACAGUCUUUCUAGUAGUCACUUUGAUUCAGUGAUCUGCAAAAGUCUUACAAAUAAAAUAUCGAGAGGCUUUACAAUUUAUGAUGAACUAAAUUCUUCAGGGUACAAGGGGCGAUGUAUUACAAAGUAGAAAUUGUCAGGUUGAUUUAGCCCGAUGAUAGAUGAAUUAGCUGAUUAUAAAACUCAAAGCAGCAUUUCAUGUAAUUAAUAUUAACAUGCACAGCAUUUAUCAGGAACAUAUUGUACAGUAUAUGAGAGUGAGGGAUAUCAUAUUUUCAGCUUUCUUUUAAAUAGAAAGUGAGUCUAUUUUCCUAUUGUGUAUCAGGUCACUAAGUUAUGCUCCCCAUGUGAGAAGCUGCAGAGCAUACUUCACAGACAUAACCCUUUUGGUGCUCCAUCUGAUCAGGGCUGAAACAUCGAUACUUUUCUAAGAGACAGGCUUUCCCAUUGUCUCUGAUUUCAGUAGAAUGAUGCUUAAGUGUUAGUGAUGUUUCUGCCGGGAUAAAUAAAAAAUAUAAAGUAUAGUUACAUGGUCAGAUGCUUCAUUCAUUAUCUAAACUUUAUUAUAGUUUCUACAUAACUGUAAAACUGACAUGAAUAGUUUUGGUUUGAUUUUUGUUUAAGACUGAAGAGUACAUCUUAUUCUCAGUGUUCUAGAUAAAUGAGUAAAAUGUAGUUCUGGUGGGGUCCAAAGUAGAUGAUAGUUGGGCAAAGAUACUAUGAAUGAAGAAGUAUUUUAAGCGUAAAAUGUUCUGCAUUGUGAAUAUGUAAGUAUAGUAUAAAGAUUUCUUUCAUCCCACUUAUCCCCCUCCUUUAAAAUAAACCAUAGUUUACAAUUCGUAGAUCUGUCUAUAUAUAAAUAUAUAUUAAAGAGAAGAGAUAUAUAUCUGAAAGUCACUAAAUCUGCUUUAUUAGACUGCAGGGUCACUUAUUGCAUAGAAACUGGACUGGGCUUUACACUCUUGUGUAAAUGUACUUUACUUUUCCCAAGAUAUGAACUUGCUCUUUUUAAGCUGAAUUUUCUUUUUACUACUUAAAUCAUUUAUGUAUAUCUGGUAAAUUAUGACCAAAUUUUUGUUAGAUUGCAUACAGUGAAUUGAAAUACAUGUGGUACACUACGGGAUUGUUGUGCUUUUGUUUUGGUUUUAGUUGGAACAAGGUUUAUGUAGAUGCUUGUUACUGUUAAUUUAAAAUAUUCUAUAAUUGUCCAUUACCUUUUAUGUUGUGUUGUGACAGAUUGGGCUAUAUUUUUAGUCAACUGAAAUAUGAUACUUUACAAUUUUGUUUUUAGAAAGGUAAUCCAAAGGAAACAUGUUUAUACUCUUGAAUAUAUUAGCCUCAGCCUAUAUAAAAGUUUCUUCUUUAAAGUAAACGUUUUACCAGAAACAGAGCUGACAGACUUUUCUACUUGCUGACUGCCUAACUUAUUUUGUUUCAUGAUCUUGAGGGACUGCCUUUACCCUUCUAGAUCUUUUUAAAAAAAAUAGUUUUAGUACUAAGGUAUACUACUGGACGUUUCUAUUUUUUUAAGUAUAUUCUUUUUUUCUGACUUACAGUACAACUUUAGGAAGUUGAGACACUAAAAACUUGUGGUUGGUCUCAGAGGUAACACGGAAGACUCAUAGUUUUGUCUGUGGAGCCCUGGCAGAAUUAUGCGUUACACGUUUGCUGAACUUUUCUCUGUAACUUAUAUUUUAAAUGAAAAAUGUUUAGAGCUUUUAAUUUUAAUGAAGGGGAAGAGCAUAAACCGUCUCUUUCCUGCUCACUCUAUAAUACAGACCCUCUCAGAUAAACCGAGGUCCUGCACUGUUUGUUAGGCUUCUCAGACAGUUGCCUCCACGUGGUCCCCACGCUGUUGUUGGGUUUGGCUCUCAUUUUUCAUAGUCACUAGAUGUUUCGCUAAAUUUUAGUACCCUUGCAACUAAGAGCUGAAGAAAGAAGAAACGUUACAGGAAGGGGAACUGAACAGUCAUGAGUAGCUUUGAAAUUUGGGGGGAAACAUCAGCUAGUCUGGGUAGAGCCAUCCUGAUGAGAAGCGCGGGGUGAAUUGAGUAGGCUCGUGUCAAGUGCUCAGGACACUGUCUGGCAGUCGUUCAGUAAUAGACCGGAACCAAGAGGAAGAGAAGAAGCGAGAAAGGGAGCAAAUAGGAAAUGAAAGGAUCAGGGCUUGGAAACUUCUGCUACUACGUUAUAGUGUAAGAGGCCCGGAAAUAACUGGAGCAGCAUAAUCAUGGGGGAAGUGAUGAGAUGGGUUUUAAAAAUCAUAAAUUUUAAAACUUUGAUAAGCUUUAUUUAUAUUUUUAGGACUUUGUCAACAUAGAAUGAAGAGUUUAUUUUUCUGAAUAAUGAUUCCAAAAGCUACCAUUUUUUAGUGCCUACACGUGCCCGUUAAGCUUUAUUUUCUCUAUUCCUUCUGAGGUCGGUGCUAGUCUCCAUCUCACAGAGGAGGGAAGGCUCCGAGCAGCCCGCCUGCUGUGACAGCCCCGCAGCAGGGGCAGAGCAGCCCAGGCGCUCUUUGGAAGGCUCCACUGCGGCCUCGUUCAACAGCUUUUGUAGAAGUUCAGCUCUUUAAGGAGUCUAAUAUGGAGACACAUUUUCCCUUUAAAACAGCUGUUAGGAAUUGGAGUGUCUAAUCCUUUCUCCCCCAGGUAUCCUCACUACUCUUUCCUCCGGAUGCAGCCUUUGUUUCGUCACCCGACUACAAGUAAGACACCCAGCCUCAGUGUGGCACAUGCUAUGAUUGGCUGUGGCAUUUUCAUUUUUAAACGAAGAACAAGCUAUGAACCCCAGUUUUUGUGCCGUUCAGUCACCCAGAUCCUUAAACUUAACUAUGGUACAGGUGACUUUUCUUAGUCACUUUAGGAUUUAAAAUGGAAAGCUUUGUUCCUGCUGUAUCCCUGCUUUCAAGUGAAGUGGAACCGUUCUAGGUUGUUUUCAGCUGGGUAGGGAUAAUUCAGUGAAGCCCUGAAUUUUAUGACAUUGGGUACUUAGAUUUGGAGUACACUGGCUAUUGAGAACAAAGUUUUGGGUUGAGGAGAGGGAUGGUUGAGGCCAUUAUGAAAUGGGAGAAUCAGCAUUUAAACACUGUAAACAUAAAAAGAACACUUUCUUCUGCCUGCUGUUUGUAAAAGCUCUUUGGGAAGAUCUUUUACGAAGACCAAUUUUUUAAUGUAAGUUACCUACCUAGUAUAAGUGUCCUAAGACAUGUAUGUAAACUUCCACAACUGUUUUGUCUGUGUAUUUAGAAAAUACACAAGAAUCUUUAUCAAACCUAAAAAUAUAAACUUGUGAGCACUAAACUGCUUCUGACUUGUGAAUUUUGUUGCUUCUGACAUUUAAUUCAGAUUUUUUUGCAUUUAAAGUGUACAAAAUUCGACUAAUUGGGGUAGGGGAACACCUUUGUAAACUUUGACUUAUGUAUAAUUCAGAUAUCUUUGUACUUAAGGUUUACAAGUUUGGAUUAUAGACUGUUCUAAGGGUUUUUGUUUGUAUGUUUUUAUAUGAAGUGCAUAAGUGACUCAAACUACCUCCUAGUACUGCUUGGAGAACUGCUCUUGUGAACAGCAGUGAUUUCUAAUCAGCUCGUCUUUUAUCGUGGUAACUUUAAGGAUUCUCUACAGGUUUUAGAAAACAUUAAAAUAUUUCCCCUGUAA